AAAGACGUCGCAGCGCACGGGCUACUCAUCCGUAUCGUAUUGCUAUGAACUGUAAUUCUACAUGUAUUUUUAUUUUCGCGAAAGACUUAUCUAUUGCCUCUUUUUUUAGAAUUUUAAUGCUCUCACACAAGUAGCAUAUUGUUGUUUGUAUUAAGAUAGGUACAUUUUGUUGUUUGAUUUCGUGACAAACGGCAAAUAGGUAGUUCGGCAUCUUUGUGGCCUGCGCCCUGUGGCACGAAUCCCAUUACUGCGUUGUCAAAUUUCUGCCGGCAUCAUGAGCAAUGGAACUGACGAUGCGUCGAAAGAGCUUUCUGAAAAGCUGAAAAGAACAAUGCGUUCUCCGGACUGGCCUGGAAAUGUUGUUCAAGAUAUUGAAAGGAAGCAUGGGCUGCAAUUGUCUCCUGAGUUUAUGCAGCAGCUGAGCAAGAAUAACACUAAUGCAUCAACACGACUAGCUGCUAUCAAAAGGCUCACUCUCUCCGUGAAGGAUAAGUUUGUUAAAGAGGACGAUGCAGAAAAACUGUGGCUCACUCUAGAGGAUCUGCUGGUCCAAGAGUCAAGAGAAGAGAGUCGAAAUGCUGCUCUGUCAUUACUCACCGCUGUGGCAGUCAGUGGCAACAACACAAAACGCUUUGGUGCUCCCAUGCGGCACAUAAUGCUCAACUAUGUCCAAGCCUCCUAUUUGACAGUCUCAACUGAACCUUUAUUUGAACUUUUCACUGCUGCUGUUGGUAAUGGCAAAUCUCUUGAGCUUGUGGAGGAUCUCAUUGGGCCCUUCUACAACACCUGGUAUCCAAUGCUACUCAAGUCUUCCAAGGCAGCUGAUUCAAUCACCCUCUUCAUUAAUCUCACGAAAACUAAUGCUGCAUUUUUAGACGAGCCUGAACUUUUGGGCCUUGUGAAACAAACAGUGUUGCACAUGAACACGACCAUGAACGAAGAUGAAGGCAUACUCUGCUUGACGGCAAUAGAGACUGUGGUAGCCUACUGCCAUCUGCCAAGUGUUAUGGUCAAGGCCAUCGUAGCCACUCUUGCCAGGAUUGUCAGCAUACCAGCUCACUCCCAGAGAGCUUGGAAGUUGAUGCGGAUCAUCCUCGGUACAUACCUGGGCGUAUCAGCGCUCUUCACGAUCUGUGACGUGAUCAAGAGUACCGAGCCUCGCGACCCUCACGUCAUCCGUGGCUGCGUCUACUUCCUGCACAGCGCCCUGUGGGGGCCAAACCCUGUCUUAACCCUCGACGUGCCCUUCCACUUCGCUCUGCCUGUACUCCUUCAGGCGAGUACAAGCAGUAACGAGCUGAUUGUGUACGAGGUGGCGUUCGCUAUAAAGCUCCUGGUGGGGAAGUUGGGUGCGGAGAUACAUCCCCAAGCCUGGGAGACUGUCUUCUCCAUCGUUACCAACCUCUACAACUUCUGCCUGUCUUUGGACGACAACAACAAGGGACAAGCCAUCCUGAACGUGGUGAAUGACUCCGUAGACUAUAUGGAGACUCUGAAAGAACAAGACCAGUUCUGCGUGAGGCGAGAGACUUUCUUCAACUUCCUUAGACCGUUUACCGUCCUCAGAAGUGAGAGUUCAGCAAAUGACGUGAUUGAGUUCCUGACGCGUGAUGCGUUGGACAGCAAGGAGGACGACUGGCUGCAGCGUCUGAGCGCCGUGCUGGUGCAGCAUUACUGCCACGACCAGCGACUCAACAUCAGGAAACUUGCCAUCACCUCCAUGAACAAUGCAGUCAGGAACCUAGGGAAGAAGCGGGCCACCGAGGUGGUGGAGGCCAUCAUUCUGCCGACGGUGGCCGAGUACCGUCACGAGCCUCUCGCCAUCCGCUGUGCUGUCGUGGAACUUUUAGGAACUGUUGCUUUCGAGCACAACCAUCCUGUGCUCACAAAGUGCCUUAAGCUCCUCGUACAGACUGUGGUGGAUCCAUUCAAGAAGUGUCUAGCAUCACCUGCAGCUGGUGACAUGACCACCGUUAAUUCAGAGGCCCCAUUAAAUUCUGACGUCAACCAAAGUGUCGACGCGGCGGUCAGCUCUAACUUGAACGCCGUGGACAAGUUCAAAGCUGGUGACGAAUCACAGUCGAACUCCUUGACUGAUACGUCGGCCUGUGAGGAAGGCAAAUGUGACCCAUACUGUGAUGUGGUCAUGGCCGUAGACUGGCUCAUCAAGAUCUUCAAGCGACGGAUGUGGCAUCUUCCUUCAUCUGAUGCCAUCAUGGCGUUUAAGGCGAUGCUCACCUUCCUGGAAUACCACUACGCCAACCCAGCGCUCUUCAAACACUUACCUUCAGUCAGGAGGAAGAUCCUGGGAUUGAUUUUCCAACUGCGCGCGAACGAACGCUACGAGAUCGGCAUGCCAGACGUGGAAGAUGCUCAGCUCGGCUACGGCUUGCCGGCCGUUCCUCUCAUGGACAACUCGUUCUACCCGCGCUACACGCCCUACAUCAUCAUCGACCACAAGCACGGCAGCAAGCUAGCAAACGCUUCCUAUCUCUCGCUGCUCGACUCUAGUUCUGAUUCGGAAACGAACAUCGAUCAACGUGGUCUGCAACCUGCUGCUGAAGUUGCUACGAAUACCCAAGAGAAAGUUAUGCCGCAGACCAAUGGAAACGUGUCGCCACAGACGAAUGAAAACCUGUCGCCGCAGUCGAAUGGGAAUGUUUCUUCGCAAUCUCAAGUAAAUUUUCCUGAAGCCAAUGGUGUUUCUUCAAAUACUAGCGCUGCAAAGUCGCCCAAGGUCGAGGAAGCGGCCGAUUGUCGACCCAUUACUACCGAACCUUUGAAUCGAUCCCAAAAUGUUUCCGAAUCCACGACUUGCAGAAAGCCUCAAGAAAACAUCUCAGCUGGUGAUUCUUUCAAUCAAACACCAGAAUUUGUUGAUUCCAGUUCAAAUAAUACCAGUCACGACCGCCCAGACUUUCAGUCAACUCUAAACCAGAGCACUCUGGAUUCUUCACUCAAGGAUAUUAGUUUCGUUGCUCGUCUCAACGCUGAUAUCGUUAAGGAAGACAGUAGUCUAAUCAUGCCCUCUCCAACUGCUGAAGAACAGCGCCAGGACUCCCUUCUACAUAACUCCACGAUAUCUCCUGGUAGUGCCAUCAAGAGCCCUGAUUCCGAGAAAAGCAAGAAAGGAGAUGUGUCAAUUGACGAGCUGUUAAUGUUGUUCUAUCAGAUGGGAAUGGAAGGACCCGACGGAAAACUAAUCAUUCCUUCUCUGCCUGUGACUAAUGACCCCUGGAAAGAGGCUCAACGCCUUGCCCCUAUCACCUACUUGUCGUUGUCAGAAGCAGCAGCUACGGUCAUCGUCGCCAUGAAGAGAGAGAAAGAUUGGACUUUACUUAAGGUUAUCCUCGAAGGUAUUCCGAAGAUGCUACAGAAUAAGUCGCUCAUUGUCUCCCGUGACAGCAAUGACAUUGAUUAUUUCGCCGAAGCUCUGACCGGAUUAAUCACUGAUCGCUCGCUCAAUUUACCUGCCUCGCUCUACAACACUCCUGAGAAGUUCUUCAGGGUCGACUUCGAGAUAUAUGUUUAUAUUGCGCUCAGCUGCCUCUCUUGCUAUAAGACUCAGCUUUCUCAACAGUGGCAACAGAAGGUUGUCUCGUGCUUGACGAACGGUAUGAAGGUGAACAAGUGUGGGGGAGUCUGCAUCGCAGCCCUCACCUUGUGUUGCCUCGAGAUGCCCAACACGAUGGUCAAGAGUUUGUCUAACAUCCUGCACUCUCUCACCAAAAUAUCCGCUACCGUGCAUAGCUCCCAGCCUGUGCUCGAGUUCUUGUCCACGCUGCUUCACCUGCCCCACAUCUAUUGCAACUUCUCGUCGGAGGAAUACAAGGCUGUGUUCGCCAUCGUCAUCCCCUACACUAACCCUAUCAAGUUCAACCAGUAUGUGGUGAUCUUGUCCUUCCAUGUACUAGCCAUGUGGUUCCUCAAGUGCAAAAUCAGCAGCCGCCGCAAAUUCGUCAAUUUCAUCACAAAGAACCUCAAGAAUGUCCUGGGGCCCGAGGAUGGUCUUCAGCGCAGACGUAGCGCCAGUCUCCAUGAUCAGUCGCUAUCGGAGCGCAAGGGUCCUGCCAAAACAUGGAUGCGCUCGCAAGCCGCCAAGCGCUGCAAGUCUCUUGACCCUGACUCUGUUGCCGAGACUUCAUUGGCUGAGGCAUCUGACUUCCCUCUGUGCUCUGGAUUAACACCUGAGCGGCUGGAGGUGUUCAUGAAGCUGCACGACGACAUGUGUCGUACUCUCACAGAUCUCAUGUCCCGAUACACCUUCGCCUCCUGCACACCUAUGGCCCGCAGAUCAGAGGUUGGCGAGGCUCUGGUAGGGUCCGGGCAGCAGCAAACUUGGUUGGUGGGCCUCAAGCUCUUCACCAUCACGACCUCCGGCUGCUCCCACCGCCCCAUGACGUCCACUGGUCUUUGUGAGAACUGCCACGUCCACUGCGAGGACCUCCUCGAGACCCGAUCGAAAGAACCUGGAUUCACUCUUGAUGCUGCGGGAGACACCAAAGCGACUCGCGGCGCUGCCAGUUCUACCAAUUCGGAAGGCAAGCCAUACAGGUCCAACACUAAGUUAGAGCGCGAUGACAGCAGCAGCCAGUCAUCUCUCACUUCUGCUGGCCAAUCACUUCAAGAUGAUAGCGGUGCAUUCUCCUCUCGGGCCCUGGUGACCCAAUCAUCACAAGAUGACACGAGCCAAUCUUCUCGACCGACAUCAAAUAUACCAACACACGAGGAUUCAAGUAGCCAGUCGAGCAGUGGUCAGCAGGCUCUGAGAGACCAUCAUUUGUGCACUUGCUGGUGCAUCGGAUACGCUGAGGUCUACGUCAGGCAGCCUACAGGUAACAUGGUGUGGAUGAUGCGUCUGCAAAACCAUCAACAAAUUCUGGAGGAAGGCAAGCAGUUGUCAAUGGAUGACCUGUGCUCCCUGUACGGCCCUAGCAUAACACCCAAGCCCUCUCACCUCGGGCUGGAGACGCUCCUGACGCCGCUGCAUGUCCUCCCUGGCAGCACGGAGCUCGGGAGGACCUACAGGAGAGGCUCUGACACCAAUAUCACGCACUUGGCAUCCGUUUCAGACGGUCCGUCGCGUCGCAUAGCGUCUGGUCACGCUGCUUCAAGCAAUAUCGAAACCGUCAGUCCCUCAGGGAAUUCCCCGACGGCUGUGCAAAGAAGCUGUUCUAGUCCUGAGAUCAUCGACAAUGAAGCUGUAGUCAAGUCUGCUGAUGAUGCGAUGUCUCCUGAACCUGGCUCCGACUCUGUUGCUCCACAAUCGUCCGAUGCCCUGCAUUCUGCUGGAGGGUCUACCACCGCCCGGUCGACGCUGCCGAACAAGGAGGUCGCCUCUCCCUUGUCUCGUUUGGCGGCCGCUAGUGCCACCCAUACACCUCUUGAACUUCCGCAAGGCUUUCAGAGUCCCACAGAAGAUGGCGCGUGCUGUUCUUCCCCGCCUUUGGACGCCUCGACUCCGUCAUACAAGUCAACUUCUUCCCCGCUUACUCUUCAGAGUCCCACGUACAAAACUUCACCGCAGACCAACGCGACGCAAAGUCCGUCUAAGUUUCGUAAGCACAUUGGCAUUGUCAACUCGUACUUGCACAAAAUCUCUGGCAAUAUUUCAUCAGGAGCUACAAGCCCUACUGGCGUCGCUGCUCCUGCUGACGUCAAGAGGCUUCGACACUCCUCGGCUCUCUCUUCUAGCACAACCAGCACAAGUCAGCCGAACGUAUCGUCGCUUGGGGGCGUGGUGACGUCUAAUCAGGCAUCACGCUCGCAGGAAGAGGAUGCCUUGGCGCCCAUACGGCGGGGUCGCGGCCACACCAUCUCUGUGAUGAACCUCGCGCCGAUGAAGUACCCCACACAACCUCACCUCGAGAGGAUCUUCGACAAGCCCUGGAGUCGCCCCCAGCCCGGCACCACCACGUACGAUGUCCGGUCUGGCCAGCGUAGCACCGAUACCAGGGGUGGAGUCACGCCCAGCAACGUGCUGCUGCAGCUUCUCUACUCCGGGAGCGUCGAGAAUUCUUUCGAUCGUCCCUUGCUCCUCCCUUCUGAAGAAGAAUUUCAGAGAACCAUAAAAGUUCUGGAUCAAACGCCACCCUUGGAGAACCACUGCCUUGGAGUGCUAUACGUGGGCUACGGUCAGUCCACAGAGCAGCAAAUUCUGGGCAACACGGUGGGAUCGUCGCGGUACCAGAAGUUCUUGUCUGGUCUCGGCACCGUCGUGUCCCUGAAGAAAGCCUCUAAAGGGUUCUUCUUGCCAGGCCUCAGCAACACUGGCGACGAUGGCGACGAAUGUUACGUGUGGCAGGAUGAGAUCAUGCAGGUGUCUUUCCACGUAGCUACCCUGAUGCCCAACAAGCCGAACGAUCCUAAAUUUACGUCCAAGAAGCGGCUCAUUGGCAACGACUCCGUCACCAUCGUCUACAACGAGAGCGGCAAACCUUACGACCGCGACAUCAUUAAAACGCAGUUCAACACAGUCAUCGUAGAGAUCAGGCCAGCGGAACACGAGAGUAACACCGUCAACGUAAACAUGAAACGCAAGAUCUGUGAUCUGCUCUCCACCACUCCGGUCGUGAGGCUGGUCUCUGACACCAACUUACCACUCUACGUGAGGCAAAUGGCGCUCCACUCCGCCAUUGCGUGUCGUGUGGACCAGCAGCUGACAACUAUAGAGCCGUAUGCAGGCAACUGGCUGUGUAGGCUGCGGACAUUGAAGAGAUUGCGUGACAGGCUUGAGAAGCGACCCAAGAACCAGGGUGAUGACGAAAAAUCUGAUUUCACCGAUUUCACUGAUAUGUUGGAUCUACGGUAGAUCAGCAUGUCACGUACGCAUACUUUUUCAUUAUAUAAAGCCUGACGCGGACAAAACAAGACUUGGUUAAAUAUGUAAAAUUAACGUAACAAUGAUUAAUGAUGCGGAAAGCUGUGAGAUUAUUUUAAUCAUUGUUAGAUUUAUAAGAAUUAUUAUUGCUGAAGCCAUUGGAUAUAAAAUAGCCAUAAUCUAAAACUGAUGACAUUUUCCCACUAGGCAGUGUUUUGGAAACCAAGCGAAAUCGAACUUUGAUGGUGAUGAGUAAUGAUGUUCUUGAUGAUGAGUAAUGAUGUUCGAGGUCAGCGUUGAUUAGUGGUUCAAACCGUAGCCUAUGUUUCAGAGUCUUUGAGCGAUGCGGUGGUGGUAAUGUAUGAGAAAGGACUGCUGACGGCAUCCGAUAAAAUUUACAUUCGUGUCCGUUUUCACGGUGGCGGUGCUAUAGAAACAUAGAAUGCUGUUGAUACAUGAUCUGUUCAAUGGAUGAAGCUGGUUAACUAAACAAUAAAAAUAAACUAAUUUUUAUUAAUUAACUAUUUGCGUAUAAGUGUGGACAAGGUAAGCAUGUUAAUUACGUGACAUCCGAAUAUGAAGGUAUAAUAUAAUGCUAGUAAUAGAUAACCUAUUAUCUAUACAUUGAAUCAACUAUCGCAAUCAGUUAAUUGUUCAUCGCCACGUUAUGACUGUACUACGACCAAGCAUUCAUCAGUAAAUAUAUUCUUACAAGUGCAA